GGUCCUAGUGAUAAUCACCCACUAUGCCCACUCAUAGCCCCGUCAACUGUCGACUUCACCAUGGCUCAGUACACCUUCGAUUCUAGUCUAUUUUCCCAGACCAUGAACAAUUCGGCCAUGACUUCCACGCCUCUCCCCCCACCAUCCGUUGAGGCCAUGCCUACUACCAUCAAGAUGGAGAUGAUUGAGAACUACGACCACUCACCCUCACCCGCACAUCACUCGUCCAACUCGUCGGAAGCAUCACACACACCUGCACCCGAGAGCAAUGGCUCCAAGCCCGUGAAGAAGCGCAAGUCGUGGGGCCAGGUGCUCCCCGAACCCAAAACCAGCCUACCCCCACGGAAGCGGGCCAAGACCGAGGACGAGAAGGAGCAACGGCGGAUAGAACGCGUAAAGCGCAACCGCCUCGCCGCCCACAACUCGCGCGAACGCAAACGACAAGAAUACGAGGUUCUACAGACCGAGAAGGACGAGCUCGAGGCCAACAUGCAGGCCUACAAACAAAAGAUGGCCGAGAUGGAGGCCGAGCUUAGAUAUUACCGCUCCAAGUACCCUGGCGAAGCACCCCAACAGGUCUUCGACCUAGCUACACCACCCAGCGACACCUUCGACACCAUCUGCCCCGCGCAGAUCCCAACAUCCUUCCCCAGCCCUCCCGAGUCCAUGGACUCGAUGGACUCACCCCGUGACUCAUCCUGUCAACCCGAGACACCCCCGUCAAGCUUUGAGGCUUCUCCCGAAUUCGACUCGACACAAUAUCCUGCCGCGAUAUUGUGCGACCUGCCGUUCGAUGAGAAGUCUGUCGUCAUGGAAAACUUCUUCGACUUCGAGCCCUUCCCAAAGUGCAGUCCAACAACGACUGCACCAAUGGAGCCCGCUUUUAGCAUGGUCGACUCUUCUUCAGGCGAUGUCUUCGGUCCAACACCCUUCGACCACAGCUCUUUCUCAAACUCUUAUGCCUUUCUUGACGGCUUUGAUGCAAAGUUCAACGACUUGCAGAGUGCCUCUGGCGCAACUUCGGUUAGCGACGAGGCCCUCGCAGCGGGACAACUUUAGCACUAUCGCUGUCGCGAAAUCCACCAAGGGGGCGAAGAAGCAAGCUGAGUUGGUGGAUGGUGGCUGUGGUUCACGACUGAUGAGGUCUUCUAGGCCUAAGCAAUUGGGUAGGCGUAAGGUGCGAUCAUUGAGGUUAACGGGGGCACUGGGUUGGGAAAACAUGGGGUGUGGCAUCACUACCGGGCGUGGGACGGCGUUCUGAGCGUGUACACUCUUGUAGCAACAGUUUCGUUUAGACUUGGUAACCUUUCUGGAUAUUGUUUCCUUGAUGGGACAUAUGGCGGACAAGAUACACCAAGGGCUGGUGCCUUUAUCUGGCCAAAUACCAUGAUCUACUAUUCAUUUACCCUUCUUCCUUUGCAUCGUG